CACUCUAUCCGGCGCCUGGAAGCGGACGGCCAUCAGAAACCCAACCAUGGCGGCCGCGGGAGGAGGGAAAAUUAGAACCAGGAGGUAUCACAUCGCUUCCAAACCAUACGCAAAAGGCAAUCAGCAGCCAGGCUUGAUCAGUCGAAUGACAGACACAGUGAAGAGCAUCGUUCCAUCCUGGCUGCAGAGAUACUUCCGGAACGGAGAGGCCGCGGACAGAGAUGGCAGUGUGUUGGGGGUUGAACCAGACAGUCAGGCCCCUCUCGCCAACAACAAUGAGGAGGCACUGCCACAUGAAGAUGGACAGGCUAGUCCAGAGCCAAGCACAAGUCAUGCAGAGCCCUCCACCAGUAGGGCAGCUUUAAACUUCCAGGACAUCCUGGCCAGACCCCCCCUGAGUCGCUCACACCUGCACUUCCCCUCACUGGAUGGUUCCCCUGGCAGCCCUUUCACCCAGCCAUCGACAUCCUCCACCCCAUUCCCUGGGGUUCCCUUCACCCAGCCCUCCACCUCUUCUGCUGCUUUCAGUGGGACUCCCUUCACCCACCCCUCCACCUCAUCUGCCCCUUUUUCUGGGGCUUCCUUCACCCAACCCUCCACCUCAUCCGCCCACUUCCAUGGGGGCUCCGCCAACUUCUCCUUGGUGAAGGAGAUCAAGGACACCAGCUCCCAGCAUGAGGACGACAACAUCUCCACUACCAGUGGCUUUUCGUCCCGUGCCUCGGACAAAGAUGUUACAACCUCAAAGCCUGCAUCAUUGCCUUUGCUGUGGUCCCCGGAAAAUGACCGCUCCCACUCAGGUCCUCAGCAAUCCCAGGCUGCGCUCAAGAAACCCUCCUUCAAUCUGUCCGUGUUUGGGACGUCCUCUGCUUCUCUAAGCAACUCUGUGGUGAAUUCUAGCCAGCUAGGUGAUUCCCCCUUCUACCCUGGCAAGACCACUUAUGGGGGUGCAGCUGCUGCCCGUUCCAGUGCCCGUGCACACCCUGGAACCCCCUACCGGGCUCCUGUGAGGAGACAGGUGAAGGCCAAGCCAGCAGGGGCACAGGCAUGCGGGGUGACCAGUGCCACAGCUCGCCGCAUCCUGCUCUCACUGGAGCGGAUGUCCAGCCCGCUGGCGGAUGCUAAAAGAAUCCCAUCAACAGUUUACUCGCCAUUGUCAACAUCACUGGACAGAACUGAGCUGGACACCUCACCAUUCCAGUCUAAAAGGAAAAAGAUAGACCCCACGCCUCCUCCCACACAGAAGCUGCUGGUCCCAGCUGCGGCCUCUGUGGCAGGGAAUCGUUCCAUGUCUUUCCGGCCCUCCCUCACCCCUGCGGGCAGCGUGGGUCGUGUGGCGGACAGGAGGAGCACCAGAGACACAUCUGCUAGACAAUCCACACGGACUGCCCACAGUUCUGAAGAACCACCAGGAAGCACAAGCCACUUCGCAUAUCCCUUGUCCAGCACCCCUGCAGCCAACAGUGUGGGCUCAGGAGCAGCAGGAGGCAAAAUGAAGAGAGAAAGGAGUACACGGCCAUCAUCCAAGCAGCCUGAAGAUCAGAUUGUAGAGGCACCAGAGCUGCCAGCAAUCUCUCUCCCCAUCAGCACAUUCACCCUACCCACUUUCAGCUUCUCCUCCCCACCCCCUGCCUCAGGAGCAACGCCUGCAGUCACUGCUCCCUCCAUGCCCCUCACCAGCAAGGCCCAACCUGCUGCCUCCAGUCCUCCAUGUGUGCCAUUCACCUUCUCUUCUCCCAUCGUCAAGGCCACAGCAACCAGCCCACCAUCACUCUCCCCUUCUGCAUCUGGCUUUACCUUCAGUGUGCCCGUUCCAAAAGCUGCUCCCUCAAACUUCAAUGGAAAGGCAGACAACCCAGUAGUGACCCCAGUGAAGUCCAUCAGUGGCACUGCAGGCAACAAGGCUACUGAUAACUUUGAAGGUCCCUUUAAACCUGCCAAGGUCCUAAAGCAAGGUAGUGUGCUGGACAUCCUUAAGGCACCUGGGUUCUCCUCUUCUUCUCCAAUGCCUGGGAGCACCCUCUGUCCUGAUUCUUCUCUCCAGCCUCCAAUCUCCUCCACAUUUAGCACUGAAUUUGGGAUCAAACCCUCUCUAGAGUCAUGGAAUUGCACCACCUGCUUGGAGCAAAAUGGACCGUCAGAUAGCAAGUGUGUAGCCUGCAGUGCACUGCGGCCCAGCACAGACUUAUCUUCAUCUAUCUCUGCAAAACCAGACAGCCAGCCCACUGUUCUGACCUCUCAGGUGGGGGCAAUUCCCUCAGCCAGCUUUGGAUCUUUGUUUGCCCUGCCAGUUGGAACCUGGGAAUGUGACACGUGCCUGGUGCAGAACAAACCCGACGUGGUCAGAUGUGUGGCCUGUGAGACGGCCAAGCCUGGGACUGGAGUGAAGCCGGGUCUAACCCUGCCUGCUUUCUCUGAGACUUCGACUGCACCCACCUCCUCUAGUAGCAGCACCACAGUCACUGCCCCAAUUACCUCCUCCAUCACUUCAUCCUCCACCACCACCUCGCUUUCGUCAGGGUUCCUGGGCUUUGAGAAGUUCAAAAAGCCCGAGGGUGCAUGGGAGUGUGGCAUAUGCCUGGUGGAGAACAAAGCCCAGGACACAAAGUGUGUGGCAUGUCAGAACCCAAAGCCAGGAGCACCCAUGCCUCCUUCCUCAACCACCAGCACCUCACUCCCACCUGCAGGAGCUCUCCUUGGUUUCGGGGACAAAUUCAAGCCACCUGAGGGCAGUUGGGAGUGUCAGGCUUGCUCUUUGCAGAAUAAGGCAGAUGACCUGCAGUGCAUAGCCUGUCAGGGCAACAAGCCUGGAACCAGUGCACCUCCUAAAGUAUUUGCAUCUUCCUCGUCCUUUUCCUCCCCAUUCACAUUUGGUAUCCAGUCCUCCUCUAGUACAAACUCUACUGCGCCUAGCGGCUUGGGAAACUUUAAAUUUGGAACCUCCUCUACAGACACUACCUCCUCAGGCUCAGCAGCUGGUGGCUUUACUUUCAGUGGCCCCCCUGGAGGUUUUAAGUUUGGAUCUAACUCCUCAACACUGAAGCCUGAAGAGGACAAAAAGGCAGAGACCCAGGGUGCAGGCAGUGGGUUCAAGUUUGGUGUUAGCGGUGGGAUAGUGUUUGGCUCUGGAAACGGGACUGGCAGCAGCUCUGGCACAGCAGCCAAUGGUGAAAGCAAAGCAGCCACAGGGGUCUUCUCCUUUGGACUAGCCAAAGCUGAGGAGAAAACCAGCACUGGCCCCAGCCUUGGAGGUGCUGCAUUUGUCUUUUCUGCCCCAAAGGGCAAGCCAGAGAUGGGAGGUUCUGCCUCCACUGAGCCUGCCGCUGCCACCACCUCAUUUACAUUUGGAAAACCACAAGAAGUGGCUCCUGCCGCAGACCAAACAAAACCUGUGUCUGUGCUAAGCCAGUCAGUGGAGAAGAAUCAGGGAGCAUCCAGCUUGGCUGCAACACUUACCCCUGCCUUCACGUUUGGGAAGGUUGAGGAGAAGCAAGACAAUACCGCUCCCUCCGCUGGCUUCCUGUUUAGCAGCAAGACCAGCAUCAAGGAGCUGGACAAGACCACACCCUCAACAGGCUUCUCCUUCAGCAAGCCGGAUCCCCCAAAAGAGCAGUCCACACCUACUUUCACAUUUGGGAAGCCAGCAGAGAAGACAGAGACUGAACCACCCAAGGUCUCCUUCAGCUUCGGGGUGACAUCUGCGGAUUCAGGAGCAUCAAAGCCAUCCUUUGGAUUCAUGGCCAGCUCCGCCACCAUCUCUUCUUCAUCUUCCACCUCCUCCUCCACCACCACCACCACCCCUGCUUGUAACCUGUUUGGAUCCAGUAGCUCUGCAGGCUCUUCUGGUCCUGCACCAGCCUCUACCGGUACCUUCCUGUUCGGACAGAGUGCCUCCACUGAAGCAGCUCCAGCCAAAACUUUUGUUUUUGGACAGCAGCAGGAUUCCCAGCCUGUAUUGCCCACUCCCCAAAAUGCACCUGCUGUCCCUGCCCCCACUGCAGCUCAGCCCUUCCUGUUUGGCUCUGGAGCCAACACUGCUGUCCCAUCCUUCACGUUUGGGACAGCACCGCCGUCAACAGCUGGCUCAUCUGCGGCUGGUCAGUCUUCUGCUCCAUUCCCGUUCUCCUCAACCACAUCAUCCUCAGCAGCUCCCACUGGCCCAACAUUUGGGGUUGGACAAGCACCUGCUUUUGGCCAGAGUUCUGGCCAGCCCAGUGCCCCUGCAUUUGGCUCCACUGUGCCACCCCUGUUCUCUGCCUCCGCAUCCCAGCCUCCUGCUUUUGGGACAGGUCCCAGCACCACACCCAUGUUUGGCCAGCAGGCAAAUGCCACCCCAGCUUUUGGCUCAACAAGCGCUUCUUCAGCUCCAGGUGGUGGGUUCCAGUUUGGAGGCGCCAGUGCUUUUGGGUCCACAGGCAGCGCUGGUGGGGUGUUCACAUUCAGCGCAGGGACAGGGGCAUCAGCUGCACCUUCUGCUGGCCCUGCUGCUCCAGCCCAGCCCUCUGGUGGAGGCUUUAUCUUCACACAACCCCCAACAUUCAACAUUGGGACAACAAAGAGCUCCUUCACAACCUCCACAGCAGGACAGCAUUCAAUCUCUGGACGGAAGAUCAAGACUGCAGUACGGCGCCGGAAAUAAGGAGUCUACACACUUCAUACAUGCAACAAUAAAGCGCAAGCCCUUCCCUCAGACACUUACCCUACUGACCCUGCAGAGAGGAAUCUCAGAGGGAGCUGCUGUCUGGAAACAGGGCCCUCUGUGGGGGAGAAGAGUCAUUUGGCAUUCUUGUUCCUGAGUUGCGGGGAUGUGGAAAACCUUAAGAGGGCAAGAGGGAAAACAAAACUUAAGUUUUAAAACAAACUCAAACUUCAGCCAGAGCUGGAGCAUGGUACCUUUUAGACAUGGACAGUGUCAGCUGUGACUUAAGCAUGGCUUUUUUUUUUUUUUUUUUUUUUUCUUCCCCAAAAUACAAAAAAAACAAACGAUAGGGAAAAACCUAGUUGAUACAUGUUUAACUGCUCCACUGUGUCAAGCAGGUUGUUGAUUUGUUCUCCUGCGAUAUGUCUGGUUUGAGAAGUGCUGUCUAGGGUUUGAGACUAGCAGUUAUUUUUCUAGCAAACUGCCAAUGGCAGAGACGUGUGUGUAGACGCGUGUGCUGUUGGUUGGAGUAUUGACUGAGGCAUAAAGCAAAUGAAUGUGUUAAUGAGGGGCUGUACCAAUGUACCCGUUCAUUACGGGACUGGGGUGGGGUGGGGGGUGGCACACCAGGGUGCAGGAAGGCCUCUUGGGGACUUUGUAAAUCUGUAGUUCCUUAAAUUUUCCUCACGUUCUUUCUCUUUUGCUCGCUAUAAUUUUUCUUCCUCUUUCACAUUUGAAUAUUUUAUUAUAAACUUAUGUAAAUAGUUACUUUUUCUCUCCCUUUUUUGUUUUGCUAUCUGAUUCUGUGAACUUGAAUUUUAUUUGUGCGUGUUGAAGCAGCCUUUUUUUUUUUUUUUU